UUAGGGGGAGCUCUCAGUAGUUCAAACAAAUCUAGAAAGAAAGAAGAACAAGAAUUGUCAUAGAAGUCACAUUGACAUCGAUCCUUGGUUUGCCUGCCUUUCGUAGCGGUAACGUCAAACCGACCUUUUCGUCUGUAUCAUUUUACAAAAUGACGAAAGGUACUUCAUCGUUUGGUAAACGUAGGAAUAAGACACAUACUUUGUGUCGCAGAUGUGGUAGAUCUUCCUAUCAUAUCCAAAAAUCCACUUGUGCACAAUGUGGAUAUCCAGCCGCCAAAAUGCGAUCAUACAAUUGGUCGAUCAAAGCUAAAAGGAGGAAGACUACUGGUACUGGUAGAAUGCGUUAUCUUAAAGUUGUUCGCAGGCGUUUUAAGAAUGGAUUCAGGGAAGGUGGCAAAAUUACCAAAACUAAAUCUUCUUAGAAAUCUUAUAUGUUAAUAAAUUUAUAAGAAAAAAAAAUUGUUUUAAUGAAGUAUCCAUUGAUCUGUAGAUUACAACUCAACUCUUGCGAACAAAUUUGAUCAGAAAUUACAACAAUUUCUGAUCAUGUGACAAUAUAUUGAAAAUAAAACCUCUUUACAAAG